AUGGCCGACGUGAUCGACGUCGACGAGGCCGAAGCCACCGACAUCAGCACGCCCGUGCUCGAGGCGCCCGGGCUCCGCCGCCGCCGCCGCGCCACGGCGCCGGCAGCUUGGUCUUCCUUCGUGGCCGCCGAGCGCGCCAACGACGCGCGCGAGGAGCGCGACGCCGCCGCGGUCGAGCUCAACGCCCAUGCCGAUGCAUUCGAAGAAAGAGGCAGCGACGCCGAGGUGGGACACCCGGAGCACGACGAACUCGGGUUGCCCGGCGGCGACGGCGUACCCUUCCCGGUUUUCGGGCCGGGACCGCCCCCUGUAGAUAUUCCCGCCGACGAGGGCCUCGACUGGCAAGUCGACAAGGUCGCCAAGCGCACGGGCACCAAUUUCGCCGUCGGCCUCUUCGCCGGCGUCCACCUCGCGCCCGGCGGGCUCCAGCACACGCGGCCGACCUUCGAAGUGCUAGAUACCGCGAAACGAGUCAAAGACGAUUAUAGCGGACUCAGAGCGCUCGGCUUUGCGACGUCGGCCGGCGUGCUGCUCGGCGCGGCGUUCGACCGCCUUUGGGGAUUAGUAGGGUGGCUGCUCGUCCACUUCCUCACGCCGCGGCGCUUUUUGCAAGCUUUUGCGAUCGCGUGGUGCUACUCCCUGCGCGCCUUCGGGACGACGCGCCGCUUCGCGGUCUGGAACGCCGUGUCGUCGCUGUGCAUCUGCUGCGACGCCCCUCUUGGUUUACGCGUCGCGGCCCUUCUGUAUGAGGCCCGCUACUUGGUAACGCCCUACCUCUUCGGCGAAACAGAUCUCGCGACUGCCUGGGUCACGGAGAGCUACUGGGGCCUUGGCAUCAGCUUGAUCAUAAUCAUGGCCUCCGCAGCAGACAUCUGGAGAGAGUCCCUGGUGCGCUGGGCGACGGGCGGGCGCGACCCCAUGAUGCUGCUUAUGAACAACAUCUCGCCGACGUUUCCAGUCCUGUGCAUAAUGACGUUCGUCACGGUCGCGACGACGCUCGUGCCCGCCAAUCCACCGUUGAUAUGCCUCCUCUGUACGCUCGGCCCGUCGUGGCUCGCGUCGCGCGCGUCGCCGUGGAUCGGGCUCGCCGUGCACCUAUUACUACGAACAACGGAGCUCAUCGGCACGUGCCCGUGGCUCCUGACGAGGAGCCGUCCGCUGGAGCUGUACUGGGGCGAUAACCCGGGCCUGCUCUGGUGGAUCUACGGCCCAAGAGUGCGCAGCGCCUGGGCGAACCGCACGGACCACCUGGGCCUUCGCUUCGAGUCGCCGUCUGUGUGGAAAUCAGUUACGGGGACGUCGCGUCGAUGGCGUGGGGCGUCCGACAUUUGAUUUCCACACAGGUCGCCGGCGAAGCGGCGCGAGCGGCUGGCCUUCUGGAAGCGCUACAAGCGCGCCGUGCGCCUCGAGCACGGCAAGAGCCUGAAGCGGCAACAUCGCGCCACGGUCGAGGCCAUGAUCCACGACGAGGGGCUGCUGGAAGAACUGCCCGACGACGUGACUGGUUGUAUCCUCGAGUAUUUAUAUAAGCCGACGGCGGCGGACAAGCGCGACGAACGGUCCUACAAGCAAUUCCGCCGCCGGCCCAGAAACAGCAUGACGAUGGACCCGUUCGAGGCGUUCGAGGGCGGCCCCGCCAUGGGGCUGAACUUCAUGGCUGCCAUGAUGCUGCCCAUGUUCAUGAACCCGGGGCGGCUAGGAAUGUAAAAGUGUUACCGUGACUUACUACUGUGCCAAGGGGCAGUCGUCCCCGUGCUCCGUGCCCUCGAGGACGCCGGCGUGGUGGAUCAAGAGCCCGGCGCGGCGGUGCCGCCGGGAGACGCCCAAGACAUAGCCCGUCGAGUUCUCGACGAGGCGACCACACGCCGUCGGCGGUCGCUUCGUGCGGCCGCCGGCGGCGCCAAGACCCGGCCGGCGUCGAGGACGCCGGCGUGGUGGAUUAAGAGCCCGGCGCGGCGGUGCCGCCGGGAGACGCUGACAACGGUCCCGUCCCGGAGUCCGGAAGGGCGCGCGAACCGUCACCGCGCUCGCCGUGGUGCUACAUAUCCCUCUCAUCCCGCGGCGUUCGGGUGAAUCGCUGCUCCCCCCCCCUGACUGUAACAAAAAAAAAUCCAUAGUCGUCCACAAUUAGUUCCUAGGCGGCCACUCGUCCACCAGCACGCACCCCCGCUGGACGACGACGCCGCGGCGCCGGCAGGCCGCGAGGACGGCCUCCCCGUCGGCGCCCGGCUGCGCGAAGACGAAGCGGACGCCCCGGUCGGCCAGGACGUCGACCUGGCGCGCGCCGAUGCGGGGCGACACGCACACGUCGACGGCGUCGAGGGCACCGCGCAGGGCGCGAACGUCGCGCCCCUGGUACCAAGCAGGGGGCAGCCUCCGAUCCAACGACGUGGACGCCUGAUUGCACGAAGGCGACGAGUUCGAGUGCUUUGGCGUCUCUGCGCGAUUUCUCGAACGCCGCGCGCCGCCGUCGACGCCGCGCUCCGAUGCGCCCAGUGGAGGUGAUUUGCCCUGCAAGCUGCGGUUAGGCGUGGACGAAGCCAGUGCGCGCGCGCGUAUCAACGCGAGAGAUUGUCCUCGUGGUCUUGUGUGGGCCUGGACCACGCGCAGUCGCUGGGCGACGCUGCCCUUUUGAGAGCAUCUCCCUGGCAAAACCGGAGAUGCUAGUGGCUGCUAGCGCCCGCUCUGCAGCGCUAGAGGUUCAAAGAGUACCACUACCACGAGCCUGGCGCGGCCCACGCUCGCGAUGGCGACGUGGGGCAACCGAGUUUGAGGUUCGGGUUGCGCAAACACGAGCUGGACUCCGACCUGCAAGCACGUCAAAAAACCAGUUCAAUUGCCGCACCAGCGGCGGAGAACGACUACUCAGAAGAACGCCAUGGCUGCCAUAAUAAUGCUAGCGUUCUUGUACUCUAGGCUUAUGGCCUUCCGCGAUUGUGAAAUCGCGAACGCGUCAUCGGUCGCAGCAGCGCCCUUUGACAAGCACCCGCCGACGAGUGCUGGAGCGCCGCGCUGCUCGACGACCAAAAAGCGGCGCCGACACUUCAACUCGCGCGGCCUGAUCCAGGGACUGCCGCGGCGCGCCGCCGAGCUAGAUCGAGCCCGCGCGACGCGGUGUCCUCGAAGCUGCCUUUUUCAUUGAUGUUGUACGCCGUCGACGCGUCUCUCAUCGGUCGGUCCCUCCGCAGGCGCGAGCCGUCGUCCAAGCCCUCCUACUUCAUCGGCGCGUCGCGCCCGGCAACGACGUGUUGGUACGUGCAGAAGUAUGCCUAGGCUUUUUGUAGCGUGCCCCUGCCGCGGUACGCCGAAUAAAUGCCAGCUGAAGGUUAGGACGCGCAAUGCGUUGACGAAUAGAAAAUUACACCCCAAUUGCCCGAACAUUGGUGCACAGGGCCUCGAAAAUCGAGACACAUUUUCGGCCUCGACCGUGGAAGUUGGUUGGGGUCGUAUGAAUAGUCUUAAGACCGCGCGACGCGACAAGCACGAAGACGACGGCUUCUCGCGGCGCCACGCCGAGGGCGGGGCAGGCGGAGGCGGCAAGAGAUACGGCCUGAAAGACAUCGACGACGAUUUGAGAGAGCGGGUCCACGCGAAAUCUAUCACGCUCUGCGACGAUUUUGGUAUCUCGCCACGCGCUUAUCGACUUUUUGGCGAACUCGGAGGCGCGGCGCGGGUCGCGCAGUCGGUCCUCGGCCCGGCCGGGAGCCCUCAUUUACAGGACUGCCAGAACACGGUGAUUCGGUUCUGCAGCUUGUUCAUUACGCAGGAGGAGUUCGGCGUUUAUGACGUGGAGCGGUUGUGGACAGGGCUCUACGAUAGAAGUUUAGUAGAUGACGGUAGAAUGGGCGAGGCCGACGCCUUGAGGACGUGGGACACGUGCGUCUCCGUCGGUAAGAUGCUGGAGGGUGUCACGCUACGGCACGUCGGCGAGACGAGCCAAAACGUGCGCUGGGAGCGGGACGCGGACGACGUCAGGCGCCUGGUCGGCGAGGCGGUGCCCCUCCCCAAUCAGAAGGAUUUCCUUGAGGAGGUUCACCGGAUGGGCGUGAGGUUCGUAGCGAAACAGCACGGGCCCGAGGGGAAGAUGAUCGAGUUCCUCGUGGGUCAGCUCUUCGAGGGCGUGCUUGACAUCUGGGACUUCUUCAAGAUUUUAUUUAGGACCACUGGACGAGGAGAGAUGACGGACUUUGGCUGCCCGACGAGUGCGCCGUGCAUCGUGAUGUUGAUUUUAGGAGUGGGCUUCCCCCACAGAGCGCGCGGUGACGCCGACCUGGAGCACCGCAUCCUGCAGAAGAUCGUCCCGCUGCUUACCUGCGUCCUCGCGUUGGACCCGCGGUUCGCCCAGCGGCUCGCCGACGUCUGCGGGCAGCUGCCGAAGGCCGUGCUCGACGCCGCGGCGCCGGAGCCCUUGAAGACGCUCCGCGCCGCCGUCUCGAAUCCGCGGGGGGCCGACCUCACGGUCCUGCGGCGCAUCGUGGGGCGGAUCCCAGACGUGGCGCCGGCGUCGCGCACGGCGCCGGGCGGUGUUGCUCGGGGCGCGCCGCCGGCGCGGCGCCAGGGCACCCCGCGGCCGCGGACCAUGCCGAUCCAGACGACGGCGCAGCUCCGCCAGGGGGGCUACCUCGCCGCAUUGGUCCAGCCGCCGCCGCGCGUGUUUGACCCCAACUGGCCGACGAAGGCCCGGUCAGUAUUAGGAAAGAUCCGCGGGAUGGGGAAUGUUGGGCGGGGCCGGGGCAGCCUGAACCUGGAGGACGUGCGGCUGAUGCUCGAGCGGUACGGGUUCAGCGGGCCGCCGGGGUCGUGGAACAACAUAACUCGCGGCAUCUGCGCGCCAGGGAACUGGCCGAGGACUUCAAAGAUGAGACGUGUGACAGAGCUCGUGAAGUACCUCGAGGGCGCCCUCGCGAAAUUGCCAGCUUCCGAGGAGACGGACGUCGCGGCGCGCGUCGUGGAUCCUGAGUGGUGUAGGGACGUGCUGGACGGCCGCGGCGACGGCCUCCUCGUCGUCGGCGGGACCUUUCUAUUCAAGGGCCGCCAGCAUUGUAUCCGCUACGUGAGAUCCUGGGGCGGCACAAUAUACGUGCAGCACUACGGUGUCGACGAUGAAGUUCCGUUGCUGCUAGCGACGCCGCUGACAGAGCUCGAGGCCAUCAUGUCCAACGAGCCGGUUUCGGCGCUGGCGUCUCGCGCCACGCCAUCGCCGCCCUCGGAGGUCGACGUCAACGCCGAGGUCUCGGCCCUGUCUACGCGCGCCACGCCGCAACCGGCGUCGCUCGCGCGCACUGCGCCGGCGCCGCCGCAGCCGCGCGCCGAGCCGCCGCCGGCAUCACGCUUUGGCUACGGAGCCAACUUAGAGCUCCCGGCCCCGUCUAUGCAAUUUGCGGCGCCGGUGUUGGCGCCGACUCUAGACCGACCCUUCGACGUGGGAUGCCGCAUCCGGUUGGGAGGCUUCCUUAAGAAGACCCACUGGAACGGUCAGUACGGGAUCAUCGCGGCGACGCCGCAGGACGUCGCUGCGGAUAGUCGAGUGUACGUCGACCUGGGCGACGAUAGGACGCUUAGUUUCCGUGUCGAAAGAGUAGAAGCUUGUCCUAUCUUCGGUGAAGGAGCCGAGGUUGAGCUCUGCUGCCCCUCCGGCGCCCAAAGCGAGCACAACGAUCGGCGCGGGGUUGUGGUGGGCUUCGAGACAAGCGGUUUAUUGAAAGUAAACCUGGUAGGCGGCAGAUCGGUCUUCGCCCGGUCCGUCAACUUACGAUCUAUUCCUAGAAAUCGGCCGCGCCGCCCCAUCAAUACGUCAGGGACCUUAGCCUCUCCAUCACAAGCGCCGACGAAGAAGUCCAACAACGACGGCGCGGCGGUCCCGACGAAGUAUAAGCCCUUGUCUCCCUACUCGCCCACCGAAGAAGGUUCUGGCGCGAUUGAACAAGCGGGGUGCGACACGGCCAGUUUAUUGUUAGGCGACGCGGGCGGCGAAGAGAAGCGUAACGGGCCGUCGGACGACAUCUCUUUGGAAUCUGGCGGCGCGGGCGGCGCCUCUCCUUCAUUAGUAGAUAACCGCGGUGCGGCUUCAAAUGCGGCUUUGGAUGAGGACGGCGCGAGUGAGUCGUCUGUAGGCGACGACCGGCAGCUGCCGGGCGAGUCCGCGCGGGACCAUCGCAAACGCAUGCGCAAGCUCAAGAAAGAUCGCGAGAAACGCGAUACCUACAAAAAGACCGCGAGGUACCUGUGCUCCUCCGUGCUCGGAGACCGAUCGUUUGAAACGGUGCUCGCGGCGGUCGAAGCGGUCCAAGGCGACGCCGACGCGGCCGUGAACAACUUGAUGGGAGACGACCUCGGCGCCUAGCUCUGGUCGUGAUUCGGGCGACGAAUUGACGACCUCAUCUUACCCCUUCCCCUUUCCCCUCCCCACUCGCACGCACGGAGCCGACCUUGGUUCACUCCUCUCCUUCGGACUCCUGUGUAAUGGCGUGUUGAUAUACAUUACUCAUAUGGUCCUGACUGAGGACGCCGCGCGGCGGUUGACUCAUGUGCAACCGAAGAGGCACCUGAAGGCGCUGCUGGCGACGCAGGUGCUGUCGACCGUGACGCACGACGUCGACAUCCGGAGGGACGUGGAGUGCCGGCUCGUCGAGGCGCUCGAGAUCGUCGCCGCGGACGCCUAG